GAAGUGCGCGAGGAAUUCCGGGAAACAGGCGGCCUCCGCUCUCUGGUAUCCUGAGCUGUCGAGUUGAGUGCUUCUGUUUCGCGCUGGAGUAUCUGCGCCGCCGCCGGGAUCAUGGUGUUCUACUUUACCAGCAACAGCGUUAACUCAUCUGCUUACACUAUUUACAUGGGAAAGGAUAAAUAUGAAAAUGAAGAUCUAAUAAAGCAUGGCUGGCCUGAAGAUAUUUGGUUUCAUGUGGACAAACUCUCUUCGGCUCAUGUAUACCUUCGAUUACAUAAGGGAGAGAAGAUAGAAGACAUACCAAAGGAAGUCCUGAUGGACUGUGCCCAUCUUGUGAAGGCCAAUAGCAUUCAAGGCUGCAAGAUGAACAACGUUAAUGUGGUAUAUACACCGUGGUCUAACCUGAAGAAAACAGCCGACAUGGAUGUGGGACAGAUAGGCUUUCACAGGCAGAAGGAUGUGAAAAUUGUGACCGUGGAGAAGAAAGUGAAUGAGAUCCUGAACCGAUUAGAAAAGACCAAAAUGGAGCGGUUCCCAGACCUCGCGGCAGAGAAGGAAUGCAGAGACCGAGAAGAGAGGAAUGAGAAAAAAGCCCAAAUUCAGGAAAUGAAAAGGAGAGAGAAGGAAGAGAUGAAGAAGAAGCGGGAAAUGGACGAACUUAGGAGCUAUUCAUCACUAAUGAAAGUUGAGAAUAUGUCUUCAAAUCAGGAUGGCAAUGAUUCGGAUGAAUUCAUGUGAAUGGAGGAAAGGACCUUUGAAAGAUGUGAAUUUUGGGACAGUUGCAGACGGUUUGAUUUCAUCUGUGUUUGGAGUUAUAAAAAAAAAACUAAAAUUCUACCUUCAUUCUACACAAAUAUUACCAACGUUGGAGUCUAAAAAACAAAAAAA